ACCGCUCAAGUCUUCAAAAAGCUCUUUGUCAUCACCUUUCAACAAUGGGGCUAAUUCAAUUCUUUCUAGCCCUUCUCUCUCUCUCCCUCUUCGUUUCUCCGGCCAUUUGCAGAUACCCACCGGCCGAGGACAUAAAAUCAUGGUGCGGCAAAACCCCCCACCCUCAACCCUGUGAGUACUUCUUGGCUCAUGACUCUAAAUAUGGCCGUCCGAUCAAACAAAAAUCUGAUUUUUUCAAGCUCUCAUUGCAACUAGCCCUAGACAGGGCCAUGCAUGCCCAAACCAACUCUUAUAGCCUCGGCUCAAAGUGCCGGGAUGAGAGAGAAAAGGCUGCAUGGGCUGAUUGUCUUGAGCUCUACGAUUACACAAUUCAGAAACUCAACAAAACUAUUGAUCCAAACACUAAAUGCAGCCAAGUUGAUGCUCAGACAUGGCUCAGCACAGCCCUGACCAACCUCGAAACCUGCAAAACCGGGUUCAUGGAGCUUGGGGUUACAGACUAUGUCAUGCCCUUAAUGUCAAACAAUGUCUCUUCCUUGAUUAGCAACACUUUGGCCAUGAACAAAGACCCAUAUGGCGAGCCCAGUGGCCCGAGUUACAAAGAAGGGUUCCCGAGUUGGGUCUCUUCCGGUGACCGGAAACUCUUACAAUCAGCAUCACCGGUUCCUACGGCCAACAUUGUGGUGGCACAAGACGGGUCCGGGAACUAUAAGACGAUAAAUGAGGCCAUCACCGCCGCAUCGAAGCGGUCGGGAAGUGGGAGGUAUGUGAUUUAUGUGAAAGCAGGGACUUACCAGGAGAGUGUUAAUAUAGGAAACAAGUUGAAGAAUAUUAUGUUAUUGGGUGAUGGUAUUGGGAAGACUAUUAUUACAGGAAGCAAGAGUGUUGGAGGAGGCACUACCCUCUUCAAAUCUGCCACUGUUGCUGCUGUUGGAGAUGGAUUUAUGGCUCGGGGCAUCACAUUCAGGAACACCGCCGGACCUCAAAGCCACCAAGCAGUUGCAUUUCGAUCUGGGUCAGAUCUCUCAGUGUUCUACCAAUGUAGCUUUGAAGGGUACCAAGACACCCUCUAUGUCCACUCCCAAAGACAAUUCUACAGAGACUGUGACAUCUAUGGUACUGUUGAUUUUAUUUUCGGAAACGCUGCAGUCGUGUUCCAAAACUGUAACAUAUAUGCAAGAAAACCUCCUAAUAAGACCAACAUGUUAACUGCUCAAGGCAGAACUGAUCCGAAUCAAAACACUGGAAUCUCUAUACAUAACUGUAAGGUUAUGGCAACUUCUGAUUUAAAAUCAGUUCAGGGUUCAGUUAAGACGUAUCUUGGCCGACCAUGGCAGAAAUAUUCACGUACAGUCUUUCUUGGGACGUUCCUCGAUAGCUUGAUCGAUCCGGCCGGUUGGCUGCCAUGGAGUGGUAACUUUGCUCUUAGUACUUUGUAUUAUGGGGAGUAUAUGAACACAGGACCAGGCUCAUCAACCUCUAAGAGGGUGAAAUGGGGUGGCUACCAUGUCAUAACCAGUGCUAGUGAAGCCUCCAAGUUCACCGUCGGUAGCCUCAUCGCCGGCAGUUCUUGGUUGCCAGCCACCGGGGUGCCUUUCACUUCUGGCCUUUGAUUUGGAUUUGGGCAAUUGUUUAUAACUAGUAGUGAAUUAUUUCUAUGAUUGUGCUGUCAUUUUGGAUUGUCAAUAAGAAUAAUGGUGA